AUGGUACAAGCCAUUGUUCCUCAACAAAUCUUCUUUCAAAAUCGUCGCAUAGGUAUGCGAGUUCACAAUGCCUUAUCAUCUGCCAUCUAUAAACACUUGUUGGCAAUCAAUACAGCAGCUCUUCGCAAGACUACUGCUGCUCAGAUUAUCAAUUUAGUCGCAAAUGAUGUCGGUAAGUUUGAAGAAUUGAGCGUGUUCGUGCAUAAUUCGGUGUUGGUACCUGUGGAAGUUCUUGUAACGUUUGGUCUCGUUUGGUGGUACAUCGGUGUACCGACUUUAUUCGGCUAUGCGGUACUGAUUUUAUUAGUACCUAUACAAUUCAUGUUCAGUAGACAAUUCAGCCGAUACCGAAAGACCACAAUGACAUGUACAGACAAGCGUGUACAAACGAUCAAUGAACUUGUAAGCGGAUGCCAAAUUAUUAAAAUGUACAAUUGGGAAAAAGCUAUGGAACAACGAGUACGUGAAGCACGUCGGCGUGAACUUUCAAACAUUUACAAAGCGAGUUGCUUGAGAGCUCUCAAUACUACUAUCUCCUUCACAACAUUACCUUUGAUUUGUCUUGCUACAUUCGGUGGUAGUUGGCUAAUGGGUCGAACUUUGCUUUCAGAAGAUAUAUUCUCUACACUAGCUUUCUUCGUCAUGAUCCGAGCUCCAGUAACAAUGGCAAUGCCGAGCGCGAUCGAAAAAUUGAGUGAGGCUAAUGUUUCUGCAAGAAGAAUCGAUCAAUUCAUGCAACUCGACAUGUUGUCGAAUAAACGUGAAAAAGCGGAAAACGAAAACGGGUAUCAUGUAAUCAUAAUGGAAGAUGCAUCAUUUUCAUGGAAAGAUACUCCUUCUUUAUUCUCUCUCAAUCUCAAAAUCAAAAGCGGGAACUUGGUUGGAGUAAAAGGUCCGAUCGGUGCUGGCAAGUCAACCCUGCUAGCUGCUAUUCUCGGUGAGAUCAAUCUUGUUAGUGGAAAGCUACGACUUCAUGUUAAUUCAAUUUCGUACACUCCACAAUCGGCGUGGAUAUUUGCUGACACUAUUCGAGCUAAUAUUCUUCUUGGCAAAGCGAUGGAUGAAGAACGUUACAAGAUUGUAAUAAAGGCAUGUUGUCUUGAUGUCGAUCUACAGAAUUUCGGUGAAGUCGGUGAUUUAUCAAUGAUUAGUGAUAAAGGUGUCAAUUUGAGUGGCGGACAAAAGGCUCGUAUAUCGCUCGCUCGUGCUCUGUACGCUGAUGCUGACUUAUAUUUACUCGAUGAUCCACUUGCUGCCGUUGAUCCAAAGGUGGCAAAGAACAUUUUCGAUCGAUGCAUUGGUCCUCAUAGUCUCCUUCGUGGAAAGACUCGAAUAUUGGUUACACACCAGACACAUUUUUUAGUUGAAACAGACCAAAUGAUUCUCAUGACAUAUGGUCACAUCGAAGAAUUACAGAUUGAACAACGACCUACAAUAGAAACAUCAACUGAUAUAUUAGAAACAGAGUCAUCUGACGACAAGGAGACAGAUUGGGUACUUAACACUACUGUAACUGAUAUGAAUUCGAUUGUCAAGAAUGAGACAUCAGUUGACGGUGCCAUCAAGUGGAAUGUUUGGCUAAAACUGUUUACUUCACCACCUUUACGGUGGUUCGGUUUUCUUCUAAUGAUUAUUUUUAUGUUCGUUAAUGAAGCUUCGUACGAUUUGGCAAAUACUUGGCUCGCUCUAUGGUCUGAUAAAGAUGAAAGAGAACAGCGAUCACCGUUUUAUGCUUACGUCUAUCUCGGAGCUAUAUGUUCUAUAUUAAUCAUUUCAAUAAUACGUGUUGCCUAUAUCUACUAUAUUAUGUUGUGUGGUUCGACCUAUUUUCACAAACAAAUGCUCAAAGGUAUCUUGUAUACUUCGUUACGUUUCUUUGAAAGUAAUCCAAGUGGACGAAUCUUGAAUCGAGCAAGCAAAGAUCAACAAGUAUUAGAUCAAUCGUUACCUUUAGCUUUAAUUGAUACGAUGCAAUAUCUACUGCUAACUCUUGGUUCUAUCACAAUCAUUGGUAGGACUAACCCCUGGGUACUUCUAAUUCUCAUUCCUUUGGUUCCCUCAGUUGUGUGGCUCCGUCGAUUUUACAUGCGUUCGAGUCGUCAACUCAAACGACUCGAAAGUAUAACACGUAGUCCUAUUUAUACAUUGUUCUCAUCAUCAUUAGACGGACUCACUAGUAUUCGUGCGUUUGACGUUCAAGAAGAUUUUUUAAAUAUGUUUAUCGAAAGAAUUGAUGCCAAUUCACGAGCUUACUUCAUUCUGUCUUCCACUGCGCACUGGUUCGGUAUACGACUCGAUCUUAUGGCAUCCUUACUCACGUUAGUUACUGCUGUUCUUGCAGUAGCUUUACGCCAUCAAAUUGAUCCGCCGACAGCAGCACUUAGUAUCACAUAUUGCAUUACUUUAACAGGUCUCUUUCAAUGGGCUAUACGACAAUCAGCCGAAGCUGAAAAUUUCAUGACUAGUGCAGAACGUAUUCAUGAAUAUGGUCAACUAGUGCCAGAAAGCCAACAGACCAGCAACGAGAGCAAUAUUCUCAUUCAACCAGCAGAGGAUUGGCCUUCUCGUGGUAUUAUAGAAUUUAAAGACUACACUUUUCGCUAUCGUCCAGAGCUUGAUCCUGUACUCAAAAAUCUUAAUCUACGAAUUGAGUCCAAAGAAAAGAUUGGUGUUAUUGGUCGGACAGGUAUGAUUACUUCACUUCUGAGAAUAUAUAUGAAGAGCAUUCUUAAUGAGGAAACAGAAAAUCGGUCGAAAAUGAAUAUGUUUCCAAUACGUGCCUAUACCUAUGAAUAG